CAGCGGUGAGUGUGCAAAAGCUUCUUGGGAGCCGCCGCCGGCAUGAGCUACGACCGGGCCAUCACCGUCUUCUCCCCCGAUGGGCACCUCUUCCAAGUGGAGUACGCGCAGGAGGCCGUGAAGAAGGGUUCCACGGCGGUGGGCGUGCGAGGGAAGGACAUCGUGGUCCUGGGGGUGGAGAAGAAGUCGGUGGCCAAACUGCAGGAUGAGCGGACUGUGCGCAAGAUCUGUGCGCUGGACGACAACGUGUGCAUGGCCUUCGCGGGCCUCACCGCUGAUGCCAGGAUCGUCAUCAAUAGGGCCCGGGUGGAGUGUCAGAGCCACCGGCUGACUGUGGAGGACCCGGUCACUGUGGAGUAUAUCACCCGAUACAUCGCUAGCCUCAAGCAGCGCUACACACAGAGCAAUGGGCGGAGACCUUUCGGCAUCUCGGCCUUGAUCGUGGGCUUCGACUUUGAUGGCACUCCGAGACUCUAUCAGACCGACCCUUCGGGUACCUACCAUGCCUGGAAGGCCAAUGCUAUAGGCCGGGGCGCCAAGUCUGUCCGCGAGUUUCUGGAGAAGAACUACACGGACGAGGCCAUUGAGACCGACGAUCUGACCAUCAAGCUAGUCAUCAAGGCCCUUUUGGAAGUGGUCCAGUCAGGAGGCAAGAACAUCGAACUGGCUGUCAUGAGGCGGGACCAGCCCCUCAAGAUCCUAAAUCCUGAAGAGAUUGAGAAGUACGUUGCCGAAAUCGAGAAAGAAAAGGAAGAAAACGAAAAGAAGAAACAGAAAAAGACAUCAUGAGGCAUCAAUAUAAAAGUGAUUGUGGCGAAUUUUUUAAAUUCAAAUCAUGGUUUCUCCAAAUACCGUGUGGCCCUUGUCUGGGACAUCUCGGGACCCUUCAAUAAACUCCAUGUUUUUUA